AUGGCUUUUUUCGAAAAAUUCAUCUCAGAGACUCUGGGGUUAACCAAGUUCCCCCCUUACCUCUCUACUUUCUACUGGGCAUUCCUUGGCUUCCUUCUAGUGCAUCAAGUCAUCGCGCCAGUGUUGAGUGCUCGUUGGUUUCCCACCGCAUAUGCAGGAAAAAGCAAGGCAGCCAAAAACAAUUGGUCAAUACAUGUCGUCUCUCAAGUCCAUGUUCUGAUCAUUGUGCCGUAUGCAUUGUAUAGCAUCCUGAAUGAGGAUGCAGACCGGUCUCUCGAUAAAGCCUUUGGAUGGGAUGCCAGAGUUGGAUAUGUCCACGCCAUUGCCAGCGGAUACUUUUUGUGGGAUACUUUGGAUGCCAUCGUCAAUUUCAUUGAUCCUGGAUUCGUCGCUCACGGAGUAGCCUGCUUCUUCAUUUACACGAUGUCUUAUAAACCUUUUGUGGCAUACUAUGGCACUAGGUGUCUGCUUUGGGAGACUAGCACAUUUUUCCUAAACAACCAUUGGUUCCUAGACAAAACUGGUCGUACUGGCACACGAGCUCAGCUGAUCAAUGGAUUCUUUCUCCUUACGUCUUUCUUUUUGGUCCGCAUAGUUUAUGGAGGUUACAUUUCCGUCAAUUUCUUAAUCACUCUGAUAGAAGUCAAGAAGGAGAUUCCUAUCGCUUAUACCUUGGUAUAUGGUACCGGAAAUGUUAUCCUUCAAAGCCUCAACUGGUUCUGGUUCUACAAAAUGAUUGCUGCCCUUCGCAAACGCUUUGGUGACAACGAUCAAGUCAAGUUGACCGGUGCAGACGAAAUACCUACUCAUAUAAAUAAUGGCCCACCACAACCUCUUCCUAUUAGCGAAGACCGUUCAUGA